GUUUGUAUACGUAUUUUGGGCGUGGAGGAGGACGGCCUCGCGGACUUUUGCCAGAAGGGCGCACGGACUCUUGCCGUCAUGUUCACUUUGCUCUGUAUCAUCUUGGUCAUUUUCUGGGCCACUCCCCAUUGUGAUGCGCAGGGCUUCGACACCACGCUCUCUCCGUCCUGGGCCACGUCAGAACAGGAAACGCCCCUUCGAGUGAGGCUGUUUGUCGAUCCUGAGAACAAGCUCAAGUAUGAGGUGUAUUCUGGGCCUCACAAGAUUGUGGCCCCGUCGGCUCUCGGGCUCAUUCUGGAUCACUACGGCCAAGAGGUCCACCUCGGUGACAAUGUGCAAGUGGAGGUAUUAUCGCCGCCCAGGGAAGCCUCUCAGACAUAUUCCACCAUGGGAGGUCAUGCCACUGCAAACAGCCAAUACGGUGAGCUCUAUUCGUCUGGACAAAGUCUGGACUUCACCUGUGUGUGUCUUCUUUGGUUCUGUUUUCAGUGGAAGCAUCAUACAGCGUUCGUCACGUUCCCACUGGUUUGACGUACUCUGUUGACUUUCGCGUAUCAGCAGCAGGUUCUCCUGGCGUGGCAUUUCUUUACGCUUUUCGCGAUGACGCCACUGUAGACAAAAUUCGAAUCAAGGACGACGGCUCUGAAUUCGUCAUGGAAUUCGGCGACACGGACAAUGCAUGGAUUGUGGAGAGGCGUGACGGCCUCUUUUCCUACAUCGGCCAGUACAUGAGUGUACCGGCAGCUUCGCUGUGGUCUCGGAGCUCACAGGGCGGCACAAUAGACCGUUACAACACACCCGUGACGAUUGAGGAUUCUAGCAGGAGCAGCCCAUUCCCCUAUAUUGUGAUCAAUGAGGCUAGUCUCUUCGGUUUUGAGGGCUUUCAUCUGGUGGCGUUGCCUGGAGGCGUCGGUUUCAAAAGCGAGCUCGCGAGGGGGCUAGAGUAUGCACGUCAGGAGCAGAACUUAUGGGGGCCGCUGGAGUUGGAGCUUCCCGUGAAGACGUCUUGGCGAGUGAUUCAACUGGCUGCAAAUCUGGACCAGCUGGCCAAUCACAGUAAUAAUUAUGACAGCCUCACCUCAGCCUGUCACAAGUGCGUCAAUUUGGAUAAUUACCUUAGACCUCGUCAGUGACCUGAAUCCUUCGCCGGAUGAGCGCAACCCGGGACUCUUCACUGAGACAUCCUACAUCAAACCAGGCAGGUCGGCUCGCCACAGCGGGCGCGGAAUGUGUCGAUUUCCUCUGUGAUUGUAGGUCGGUGUGGACGUGCCUCGCGUCUCCUACCUGUGGCCACCCUCUACUCUAUGAGCAGGUGGACAGAAAUAGACAUCACGCUCUUUUGCUUAGUGAGUGGGUGCUGUGCCGCACCUUCUGGAUUGCGCAGGAAUGGGAUCAAGUGACGGGAGCGGCAGCGCUAGCCCUGGAGUACUCGACGGUCGAUAUCGGUAGGGAUGGGGGGACGCUGGAACGGAUUCGGUGGCCGUGUGCAGUUCCAAUGCGGUUUGUCAGGUUGGGAGGACUGGCCUGGCCCCUGGGAGAGUGUUAAGAAGCUCACAGCAUAUGGAGAUUCGAAGGGAGUGGGCAUCUUUCUGUGGAAGCACCGUGAACAAGUGGACGAUCCUGCCGACAAUUACAAAGCCCUUCGUGACUUCCUUGAUUUGGUUAAAGACGCUGGUGCUGUGGGUAAGACUGAGAUAGACGAAUACUCUUUCUUCACGGUCUUCGUCCUGUGCAGGAGUUAAGUUUGAUUUCUUUGACGCGGCCAGCUUCAACACCAUUUUGCUGCAAGAGACCAUCCUACGUGAAGCUGCCAAAAGAAAGCUCCUCCUCAACUUUCAUGGGAUACAGGUGUUUGAGCGAGUCAGUUCAACUGUGGCCGCAUUAACCUCUUUGCCCUGUGUUUCUGCUGUGUGUUGCAGAAGGCUACCGGAGAGUCACGUACGUACCCAAACCUUAUAACGCAGGAGGCGAUAUGGGGCCUGGAGGUGGGCACAGUCGAUUGCUGGCAUGCAGAGCACACACGUUUUUUUUCGCACGCCUUCUGUUCAGAUCAACCACAACCCAGCAAUCUUGGACAAGGUAAAAUGAGCAUCAUGUGUUUGAGCGCACAAGAUGUUGCUGAGAAGAUGCUCGACAGGCAUAGAAACUCACUUUGUUCUGUCUUUCCAUUCUGCUCGGCAAGAUUCCGCCCUCCCACAACGCUGCUCUUACCUUCACAAGGUAUCAUUCCCCUAUCUGUAUCUUUCCCUGGUCCCCGUCAUUGCGUACAGGUUUCCAACGGGCGCUGCGGACUAUACGCCACUGUCAUUGGGUCACAUAAGACAAGGGACAACUCAGGUGCACCAGGUGGCCCUCCUCGUGACAUUUAACUCGCCAAUACAGACUUUUGCGGAGGCGCCCCGAGUGAUUCUCGAGCAGAAGUUUACUGACAUCAUUACCGACAUUCCCACGACAUGGGAUGUCACGAGGGUCCUCCCUCCCUCAAAAAUAGGAGACAUGACUGUGCUGGCGAGGAAGAAGGGCGACGAUUGGUGGCUUGGCGUGGUCAGCGGUACAGUCGACACACGGGUUGUCUCGUCCAUUCCACUCGAUUUUCUCGAUCCGUCCAAGACCUACUUGGCCUCGCGUCUGUACACAUUGCACUUGAGCAGCGACGGCAAAGAUGAGCAAGUCGGUGUCGAGAGGGACCGGAGGAUGGGUCCGAGCGAGAGGACACUGACGGACAUUUUGCUGUGGGGCGAGGGCCACAAAGGAGAUGGGCUGGUCGUCAGCUUCCGUCUCGAGCAAUAACCAAAUGCGAGACCUUUCUGAAUGACCUAGGCUAAGACUGUCGCGGCCUGCCAUAACUGUGUGCGUGUGUGUGUAGUCUUCUCUUUUGUGAAUGCUUCCUACAAAGAACAAAACAAACUGACAGACGCUGCGUCCGUGUGGAUAUCGAAUAAGCGGUCCAUAUGUGUCCCGUGGCCUGUGCACAUACAGGAAUUCUCGAAGUGACGAAUGAGCCAGUUUUUCGGCUGAUUGUCUGACUGACUGACCGACUGACUGACUGACUGACUGGCUGUCGGUGUCUGUCGCUGGGUGACACAGUGUGUGUUGCUCGUGCCUGAAGUUCUUGUGUUUGGUUUGAUGCCGAUGAUUCGGCGGGUCACGGUGAAUUCUCUCUGAUACGUCGCUUGUCUGAGUGUGUGGAUGCCCUCGUUGAGAACUCAUACGCUGAGAAGACGGUGGUUAAGCUUUAUGCUCACCUGAGUCAUUCGACGCGCUUGAGGGAUGAUGUCUCACUUCGUUAACGCUGGAAUUUCUCGUUCAUUCAAUGAGAGCUGCGUGGUGGCUGGGGAGUCAUACACAUGCUUGUCUGAGUCCAUUGUACACAAUGAAAGGCCUGGAAAGUUUCACGCCUGACGUUUAUUCAUUCAAUCUCGAGUCCUCGCGCUUGACUCAUUGAUACGCAUUCCAUCCCGGGCCUUUGAUCGACAAGAGGCAAUCCAUGGUUGGAAGUCAGGGGUUGUGGAUGGUGCUCUCCAUAUGGUGCUCUCCAUAUGCAUAUGUUGGAUAGCCAACUGCAAGACUCAGUGGGUUCUGCCCUCCGCAGUUGACUCAACCACUGGCUAGUCGGUGCUCGGCUCGGCCC